AUGGCAUUUAUUUUGGCCGUGGUUGAAGUAUUUCUAAUACCUUUCUGUGUAUGCUUCGAGAAAGCCAAGACUGCGUGCGAAUUCAUUGACAGGAUAUAUAAGAUUUUUGCAUUUGAUCCAAUAGACAAUGCUAGAUAUAUGCGUCCUCUAUUGUAUAAUCCUGGAAUACCUGUUCCUUCAUCGGAUGGUGAAGCUCCCCAGUUUGUCUGAUGACACAAUUAUAUACGCGUUUGUCUAUUUCUUUCUGACAAGUUGCAUAACAAAAAAGAAAAAAUACCUCGUCAGUGUAGAGAAUAACACCUCUUCUUCUUCUUCUUCAUAAAAGCCUUCUAAUUUUCUGCCUUCAUUGUAUACUCG